AUGUGCGGUGCCGGUAUAGUCAGCCGUUUUCGCGGCGCUAGUUCCAUUGUGGUCAACGCGGAGUUUGAGGUCCGGUUCGCCGUCUUCUGUGUGACCUUGCACGAGCGUGAAUCCGUGGAAAUCCAGAGCUCGCGGUAUCCAAACCCAUCGUUGAAACGCCAAGCCGACAUGUCGGAGAAGAAGAACAUCGUCAUCACUGGGGGCGCUCGGGGAAUUGGACGUGCAGUUGCUCGCCAUCUAGCGCUUUCGGGCCACAGACUAUUUCUGAUUGACAUCGACACCGAGGAGCUCAAGUAUACGGCGAAUUCGCAUAUCCCAGGAGCCUUGACCGGCCAGGUCAAUGGCACGAAGGCUCCGAGCAGUAUCGGCCACGGGGUUUGCGACCUGCGAGACCCUAUAGCGAUCAGAGAUACAAUCAAGGCCGCGGCUGACUUCUUCGGUGGGCGAAUUGAUGUGCUGAUCAACAAUGCCGGCAUAGCGAGGGCCCAGUUUAGCGAGGGGCGAAGCAUGGCAGACCCCUCGGUAUUGGACGAAUGGCGAGCUUACAUGGAGACCAACCUUACUGCACCCUUCGUCGUCAGUCAGGCCUGCAUACCUUACAUGAAAAUCGAAGACGAUGGGCGGAAGGAACAUGUGGAUUCUGUCAUCAGACCGGAGGCGGCCCUUGCAGCCUCGGACAUUCUCACAGAAAAGGACCGAAGCGUCUUCUCGGGACGCGCAAAGCAAGGCCCCUGUAUCAUCAACAUCGCCUCGUUCCGUGCUCGCCAAUCCGAGCCCAAUUGCGAAGGAUAUGCGGCAUCAAAGGGCGGGGUUCUGGGCCUCACACAGGCCAUGGCCAUCUCGGGCGCUCAGUGGGGGAUCAGGUGCAACGCUAUUCUCCCAGGUUACAUCUUCGUCAAGCACGAAUGCAAGGAGGCCGACGAGAUUGAACGCCAUGAGUGGUGGGCAAAGGGAGAGCCCGCUGAGCGGCACAGGAAGCAUCCAACUGGUCGUAUUGGAUAUGCUGAUGAUAUCGCAGAGACCAUCGAGUGGCUCAUGGGCGCGGGGUUCGUGACAGGGCAGGAAAUUGUCGUUGAUGGAGGCAUGAGUAAGAUCAAGCAUGUGGAUGCUUGA